AGUGGCGAAAUCCUUUCAUGGAUUCAUUUCUUAACUAAAUUACAAGUUUUGGAUCUUUGUAAUAACAGUUUUGCAGGUUUCGUCCCACCUUCUCUCUCUAAUAUAUCGACGCUCCAGUAUUUGGAUCUCUCUCUCAAUCCUCUACAAGGGAAAAUCCCAGAAGACAUUGGAAAUCUUCGUAACUUGAAAGUACUUGCAUUACAAAAUAACAGUCUCACUGGUGUAAUACCAUUGCAGAUUUUUAACAUAUCGACAAUGGAAAUUCUUGCUUUCACAGGGAAUAACUUCACUGGUAAUCUCCCUCUUCACAUAUGCCAUGGCCUCCCAAGACUCCAAGGGUUUCUUCUAUCGAAAAAUGAAUUGGGUGGUGAAAUUCCAUCCAAUCUAUCGGAAUGUUUACAACUUGAGAACCUUUCUUUGUCUCUCAACAAAUUUAGUGGAUCCAUUCCUGGAGAAAUUGGGAGAAUAAGGACACUUCAGAAUUUGUAUCUUGGUUCAAAUGAUUUGUCCGGUGCAAUUCCACUUGAGCUGGGUAAUCUGGAUAACCUCAAGUUGUUGAGCAUGGGAUAUAAUUUUCUUAAUGGCUCUAUACCAGCCAGUAUCUUUAACAUUUCAUCAUUGCAAUAUGUUGAGAUUCAAGAAUGCUACCUAUCUGGCAAGCUUCCAAUUUCUAUUGCAAAUUCUUCUAAACUCACUACAAUUUUCCUGGCUCUGAACAACUUUAAUGGACCAAUUCCAAACUUCCUCGGGAAUUUGCGCUUCAUUGAAAGGUUAGUCUUGUCAGACAACAAUUUCAUUAGUGAAUCUCCAGAACUGAGCUUCAUUACUUCGUUGACAAAGUGUAGACAUUUAAAAUUAUUGUCUAUUUCCAACAAUCCUUUGAAUGGCACUCUUCCAUUAUCAAUUGGAAAUUUGUCAACUUCUCUUCAAUAUCUUCGUGGUCAUAGUUGUGAUCUCAGAGGUAGCAUUCCAAAUAGAAUUGGCAAUCUCACCAGUUUGAUCAAUUUAGAUCUAUUUGACAAUGACCUGGCAGAAUCAAUUCCAGCAAGCAUGGUGAAUUUACAAAAGCUUCAAGGAUUAGAUCUUUAUCACAAUAACAUAAGUGGAUCUAUCCCAGACUCUUUCUGUGAACUUCAAAAUUUAUAUAAAUUGGCAUUGUCAGAAAAUCAAAUAUCUGGUGCUAUUCCAGGGUGCAUAGGGAAUAUUACUACACUAGGGUAUCUAGAGAUCGAUUCCAACAUAUUGACUUCCACCAUACCUGCAAGCCUAUGGCUACUGAAAGGUCUUCUGGAGUUGAAUCUAUCUACAAAUAUUUUGACCGGCUCUCUACCUCAAGAAAUUGGGAACCUGGAGUUUGCAUUUCUUAUCGAUCUAUCGGUCAAUCGGUUGUCAGGUAUUAUUCCAAACACAAUAGGAGAUUUACAGACCUUGAGCAAUCUUUCUUUAACACAUAACGCACUGCAAGGAUCUAUUCCGGAGUCAGUGGUAAUAUCCCCAAGUCCAUGGAGGAACUCAAGCAUCUCACGUACUUGGAUAUUUCUUUCAAUGAUUUAA